GGAAGGGAGAAGUGAGAGAAUUUGUGGUCUUGUAUCUGUGGAUUGUAACUCUGCUCUACUCGUAUAUGGACUAAAACUUUAAUGAUCAAUUGCUCUGAGCUUCAAAAAUUGAAAAAUUAUCUUUUCUUUGACCUGAAACUCAACAGGCUUUCAAUGUGCUCAAAUGCAUCUAACUGAAGAACGUAACUUUCACCUCCUGGAUCCAUGAGCCAGAUGACCCUUUACACCUCUGCCCACAUUCUCCACCAAACACAGGUGAAGAGUGUGUGUGUCCUUGUGCUCCUGUAUAUUCCUCUGUCUUUGAUGGGCAUCCCUGGACCAUGCAGACAAUCCAUAACCAAAGAUCACCUGCUCCAGAUAAACCACCUAAUCAAUAACCAGUUGAAGAAUGGAUGUUCAAUAUCCUACGUGUUCGUCGAGAAGAGACAACUGAGCUCAGUGUGUUAUGUGAAGGCAGCUCUGCCGCGCGUGCUGGACUUGCUGAGUGUCCACUUCAGAUACUCCCAAGGCUCAGAGAGCGCUCUGUCAGUCCACUCUCUACAGAACCUCAUCCACAACAUCUACUCGCAGCGCUGUGUGCCAGCUCUUAACGAAGAACUCGAGGAGGACCCAGUGGUGUUUCUGAAGCAGUUCACAGAUUCCCCUGUUCAAGCCUUACAGAGAGCCAAGGAGGUGCUGGAUAUCUACCUACAGCUCAUCACACAAACACACACAAACACAUCUGUGGACUGGAGCUGUGCGAUGGAAUACAGCAACUACACAACUGUUGUCAUUACAGAGCUGCCCAGCACACAUAGCACAGAGGCCACACUAGUGAUGCUGGGACAGAAUGAGCAGGACUCGUCUGAUUUGAGUUUCUAUAAACCGGGCUUCAUCAUGUUAGCAGUGAGUGGGGGAAUCUUUCUGCUUAUCACUGUCUCCUGCCUCAUACACAGAAAGAGAUUUCAUCGACUUCGAAGACGAGACAUGGAUUUAGACACAUGGUCCGAAGUUAGUCACAUAGGCUUCAGCACAACAACUUUAAAUCAAAUGGAUCUGAUAAUCUGAAGAUUCUGUCAACUCCAAACUACACAUUUUACCUUGUGAAUUACUGACUUAUGUUCUAACAAACAAACAAACAAAAAACCUGAAGUGUAUUUCUUUCAUAAUCAAAGCCACAUGUUAAUGGUCAUUGUGUACGUGAAUAUUCACAGCAUCUUGCACAUGUAUUUAUGAACACUACAUUCAAAGCUUUAUGUUGUAAUGUUGCAUAAAUCGUUGUAAUACGCUAUUCUUAACAUAUAAGUGCUGUUCUAUUAUAAGCUUGUUUUCAAAUAAUUAGAUAUUUAUUACUGCUACUUAUUUUUGCUACAACCUCGCCACAUUUUGCAUACAGACUUUUUUUGUGGUUCUGUAUCUGACACUCACAGGAAAGGAUUUGUAAAAAUAAACCUGCUUUCAUAUAGA